AUGAAGAGGAAGAAGGAGGAGGCCAGGGCCUCCGAGGCCACGCGACCUGCCGUGGCCACGGCGACCCCAGUGUGGGCGAAAGAGGCCGCCUCGCGUUCACUCACAACGGGGCGAGCCCCUCGAAGCUCGGUCGCCAAGCCUCAGGAGGAGUCCGCCUCCGUGGCCAAGCAGACUCUGGGGGCGCCCGUCUCCGGCACACCUGCAGGGAGUUCGAGGGCUCCGGAGCCCCCUGCCGCCCUUACUGCUGUAGCAGCGCCAGUCCAGGCGCCUGUGCCACCUCCUCCCCAAGUACUCACGCUGGCGGACCAUGGCUCCUCUGCCAUGCCCGACGCUUUGGAGGAGGCCUUCGCCGCGCUGGACCGGCUCCGGACUAAUCUUCAGGGCACCGACCGGCGCGUGGUGACGGGGCGUCUGGGGCUGGUCUCGGGGUGGCUCCAGGCUGACUCGUCCGUCAGGACGGCCUGGAGCCAGGCCGAGGCUUCUGUCGUGGAGGGCGGGAAGGAGGAUGGCGAGGCCACAACGGCUCACGACGCAGCACUGACUGACGCAGCGUCCGCCAAGGAGCGCUGCCGCACGAUGGAGGCCGAGCUGAAGGCCCUCCGCGAUGAGCAGGUCGCCCGCACCCGUCGGCUUGAGGAGCAGGAGGAGGAGCUCAAGGCCCGGGAGACCGCGCUCGCCAACCGCGACGCCGAGCUGGAGCAGGCAGCCCAGGAACAGGCUGUGGAGCGGAGCUGCCUGGGGAAGCUGAAGGAGGAGACGGAGACGGCACAAGCGUCCCACGCCAAGCUUGUCUCCAAGGAGACGGCCCGGCUGGAGGCUAGGGAGAAAUCCCUCGCCGCGGCUAAGAAGGCGGCCGCCGCGGGGUGCGACGCCUUCAUCUCCCUCGAGCUGAGGUCCCGCGCGGCGCUACAGACCCUUUAUGGGGAAGGGUACGAGGAACCGUUGGCGACUCCGAAGGAGGGCCUCGCCGGGCUGCUAGUACCUGUAGGUUGCUAG